ACUUCAUUGUCUGUUUGUUAGAAUGAAUGCCCAUGCUCUUCAAUCAGCAUAUUUGGAUUGUGUAUCAAACUUGGCGUUCAAGAUCCGACAUAUAGUGAAAAUGAGAGGCUAUCCCUUUGUAUUUUUCUUCUCUUUUUUCUCUUAUAUUAGAUAUAUCCCCUUUUGGUUGUUGGAUUGUCAAAAUGAUACUCUCACAUGUUUGCAACAGAGGUCAGAAUAGUAGCACAUGCACUACUAUUAGUUUAAGAGUGGAUCUUAGAAAUUAUUAUUAUCCCCUUAUCUGUUUUGUUGUCAUAUGGUCGCGUAAUCGAGAAACCGCAGACAAAUCCAUGCCCAGUCUUCAAUAUGGUGUUGAACAGACAACAUUUUGGAGAUGGCUAAAGCUUAAAUCCUCAGUACAGAUGGGAAUCAGACCGAUUUUCGGUUGGAUUUGGAUGGGCAUGAACUCUGUGUAAUGGCUUUGAUGAAAUUUACAAUUGAUAAGAUGAUGAAAUUAUGUGUUUUGUUUAUAUGAUUAUGUUUUGAGUUGAAUUGGAUCAGCAUCUGCCGCAAUAAUGUACCCAAGCCUUGGCCUCUUCUAUUGUUGUUUUCUCCUUUCCACUGCUCUGCAAGGGGUGUGUGGGCCUUGGGCCUUAAAAAGUUGAUCGGAUUUUCUCUCCCAGUGGAGCCCAUCGCCUUAAAAAGUGGAUCAGAUCGACGGCCAAGGAGAGUGCCGCGUGGAGGAAACGGACCAUAGGCAUUAUGCCUACUUUAAGCACGUUUAGCACGUGGACCCGGUUGGUUCCUUAAUGGACUCCACUCCGUCUCUUCCAGCUGGCAGUGUCUGCUCCUUAAGGAAAAAAAAAGUUGGAUUUGAAUUUGGUUUCCCAACCGCCUCGUUUUGUUUAUUUUGUUGUGCCACGUCACCUCUUGUUUUUGGUUAUAAUUAUUAAUUUAAAUAAAUUUUAUAGCAUUUGCGUAGCCUGUCCAAAAGUGAAUAAAUAAGGGAAAUGAAGCGUGACACGUGCUAAGCACGAGGGUGGGCAAAACAUGAAGGGGGAUGAUCACUCAGAUUAGAGACCACAAAAAGAAAACGCUACUUCCGCUCCAUUUUGUCUGAAUCAAAAUCUCGCCCUCGUCCACCUUCCAAUUCCGGCUCUGAUUCUCUGGUCUGCAGUCUGCAGCGGAGAACUAUCAAUGGCUGGAACUGGAGCGGAUCUCAUCACUCCUCUCAUCUCCUCCCAACCCUCCGAUCAACCUGAACUCAUCCUCACCGUCGAUGACCGACCCGGUUUUGAAUCCUUCAGUGACCAUUGCUCCUCUAAUGGCACUAAGUCUGACCACACCCAACCUGAGUCUGAUAACCCGUUUGAGUUUCUCGGGUCGGCCGGGUUCUCCGUCCCUGGAACACCCACCGUGGAUCCGUUCCGGAAUAAUACGCCCAAGAUUGAUGGGUUUUAUGAGUGGUUCAAGAUCCUGGUCUGCGUACCCAUUGCUGCGAUUCGGCUGGUAUUGUUCGGAUUGUGUUUGCUGGUUGGGUAUUUGGCUACCAAGUUUGCUCUUCAGGGUUGGAAGGAUAAGCAGAAUCCCAUGCCCAAAUGGCGGUGUCGGGUUAUGUGGGUCACGCGCAUCUGUUCUCGUUGUAUUCUCUUUUCUUUUGGCUACCAUUGGAUAAAACGAAGGGGAAGACCUGCUUCAAGGGAGACUGCUCCUAUAGUUGUAUCAAACCAUGUAUCAUAUGUUGAGCCUAUCUUCUUUUUCUAUGAAUUAUUCCCUACCAUUGUUGCAUCGGAGUCCCAUGAUUCCCUACCCUUUGUUGGAACUAUUAUUAGAGCAAUGCAGGUUAUAUAUGUUAAUAGGUUCUCACAAUCAUCAAGGAAACAGGCUGUUAAUGAGAUAAAGAAAAAGGCUUCUUGCGAGAGAUAUCCUCGAGUGUUAUUGUUUCCUGAGGGAACUACAACUAAUGGAAGGGUCAUUAUUUCAUUCCAACUUGGUGCAUUUAUCCCUGGUUAUCCAAUCCAACCGGUAGUUGUCCGCUAUCCUCAUAUACAUUUUGACCAAUCUUGGGGGCAUAUUUCUUUGGGAAGGCUGAUGUUUAGAAUGUUCACACAGUUUCACAAUUUUAUGGAGGUAGAAUACCUCCCUGUUAUUUCACCUCUUGAAAAUAAAAAAGAAAAUGCUGUCCAUUUUGCAAAGCGGACUAGUCAUGCUAUUGCAACUGCACUAAAUGUUGUACAAACAUCUCAUUCAUAUGGGGACUUAAUGCUUCUCACUAGAGCAUCUCAGUCAAAACAGGAAAAGCCCUCAAGUUAUAUGGUUGAAAUGGCAAGGGUGGAAUCGUCAUUCCAUUUAAGCACCUUGGAAGCUGUGGACUUUCUGGAUACAUUUCUUUCCAUGAAUCCAGAUCCCAGUGGAUGUGUUAAAAUCCAUGACUUCUUUAGGGUGCUACGACUGAAGCCAUGUUAUCUUUCUGAGAAGAUAUUUGGAUUCAUUGAUGUGGACAAGAGUGGAAGGGUCACAUUCAAACAGUUCUUGUUUGGAUCAGCUCAUGUGAUGAAGCAGCCAUUAUUCCGACAAGCCUGUGAAUUAGCUUUUGCUGAAUGUGACUCUGAUGGAGACUUGUACAUUUCAGAGCAAGAGUUGGGAGAUUCCAUUAGACCAGUGAUUCCAGACUUGAAUGAGGAUGAGUGGCAAUUGCAGAUACAGGAGAUGUUCAACUUGUUUGACACUGACAAAGAUGGCAGGGUAAGCAAGGAUGAUUUCAGUAACUGCCUGAGAAGGCAUCCGCUGCUCAUAGCACUUUUCUCACCCAGUUUGCUGCACAACGCUUAACGGAGGCCCGGAAUUCGGAUGCAAGAGGAGAUUGUGUGAUGAAUGGGAUUGAAUGUAGGUUAGAAUUGGUUGAUGUAUUAUUGUAACCCAGAUGGGAUUUUGAGGGGAGUAGGUUUUUUUACCCAUGGAAAUGCUCCCGAGUUGCAGGGAUCCCUUUUCAAACUCAAGAACUUCUUCCCCCCUGUAACUGUAAAAUGGUUUUUUAGGCAGUCAGCUUUGCUAAAUUAAUUUGGGUUUCCAUUUUUAUAA